AUGAAUAUGACGGAACGCGAGUCCUCGGUCCCUGGCUCAGAGGUGUCAGAGAAACUGGCACCUCAGAAUGGUCAUGGCGGGGACUCGAAGCAGCAAACACCUCGGUCUGAAGAAACGCUACAGGCCCUCUCUUUACUGAAUGACAAACCGGAGCCUCGACAAACCACCACUAAACAAGCACCCAAACCUGCAUCUGCUGAGAUCGCAGAUGCACAAGCGACCCUCCGACAAGCGUUUCCUCAUGUCUACACAUCCUCUCGAGCUCCCUCAACCCGUUCUUCAUCAAGUUCAUUACAAGCACUCAACGAGGACAUUGUGGUCGAUGCUCGAUCGGAACAUGGCGGCGUUGGACGUAGCCCUCGAAGAACAUCGCGACAUUCUGAAAAUAUGCCCGAAUACCCUGUCUACCCGGAUCAGUCCUAUGCCUCCCUCCAGUCCCAGAUUCACCCAACCUGGCAACUCCCGCAUCUACGGUCGCGCAGCUCCUAUCCCUCCCAAGCGGAGCCAAUACCCCGGUUCCCCCGUUCCGUGCGUACUGCAGGGAACACCCCGGUGCUCAGCCCGGGUCUUUUCUCGAUGCGAACUCCUCGAACGACCCCGCCCAUGGGAUCCGAUGAAGAAGGCGGAAUUGGAAGCCCAUACCUCCAUCCCACUCAUCUGCAGCCACCGAAGGAGACGCACACCGCUGAAGUGGAUCGAGACUUGGUGACUGGAAAUAAACUCAUCAACCAGUAUGAGAUUUUGGAGGAACUUGGACGAGGCGAACAUGGCAAGGUUAAGCUCGGUCGGCACGUUACAACCAAGCAAAAAGUAGCUAUCAAGAUUGUACAGCGGUACUCCAAACGACGUCGGCUUGGAAAGUUGGGCAACCCAGAAGACAAGGUCAAGAAGGAGGUUGCUAUCUUGAAGAAGGCACGACAUCCCCAUGUCGUCAGCUUGCUCGAGGUUAUCGAUGAUCCAAACCGACAAAAAGUCUAUAUUGUGUUGGAGUUUGUGGAAAAUGGAGAAAUUGUCUGGCGGAAAAAGGGACUUCGAGAAAUUGUUCACGUUGACAAGUUACGGCUUGAUCGUGAGAUGGCUGGAAUUCCAGACACGCCUGCGUUUUUGGAAGAAAGCCAUCAGUUUGUUCGCACGGCCCAACAUUUACGUCGCCAGCGAGAGAGGGCAAGGGAACGAGUUGAAGCGCAGGCCGCAGAUGCACAGCAAGGUCCCAUCCCUGCUUGGAGUUUAGAACAUGGUGCUGAGUCCUCAGAUGAGGAAGAAGAUGAAGGUCUAGGCUUGGCUAUCAGAAGAUCGUCUACGAGGUCUGUUGCCGUGACCGAUGGAUCUCCUAGUCAAUCCUCCAUGCAAGAAGCAAGUUUAGCGGCAGUCGAGGGCACCAUGUAUGGGGCUUACUCAGACCUCCCCUUCGAGCGUCGUUUUAGCACAGCAUCUAGCAGCUUUGGUUAUGCCCCCUCCGAGCCCGAGUGGUCGGCCGAUAGGGAUGACAUGUCCUAUGUCCCUUGUCUUACCAUUCAUGCGGCACGGAACGCCUUCCGAGAUUCUGUACUCGGGCUGGAAUAUCUCCACUUCCAGGGCAUCAUCCAUCGCGAUAUCAAGCCCGCGAACCUUCUUGUUACCAGUAACUACCGGGUGAAGAUCUCUGAUUUUGGCGUGUCGUAUCUUGGCCGGCCGAUGCGCGACGAGGAAGAGGAGGAAUUGGGCGAAAACGAAGCAACAGAGGUGGAUGACGCACGGGAAUUAUCCAAGACCGUUGGCACACCGGCGUUCUACGCUCCUGAGCUUUGUUACACUGGUGAUGAUUUCCUGGAUAUUAUCGGGUCAGUGCCCAAGAUAACGGGCGCUAUCGACGUCUGGUCUCUUGGGGUAACCUUGUACGGGAUGAUUUUUGGCCGUCUUCCUUUUGUUUCAGAUGAUGAGUACACCAUGUUCCAAACAAUUGUGAAGAAGGAGGUCUUCAUUCCACGGAAACGUCUAGUCCCCAUCAGGGAUGAAACAUCGGAUGAGAUCCAGGAUGACUGCCGAGACAGUGAUGUUCUUGAAUACGAGGAUAUUGACGAUGAGUUAUACGACCUCCUUCGCCGCUUAUUGACCAAGGAUCCCUUCAAGCGUAUUACUUUGAAGGAAAUCAAGCACCACCCUUGGACCCUGCACGGUCUCCCCAAUCCACGAGCUUGGAUUGAAGAGAGUGAUCCAGGCUAUCAAAGCAAGGGCAAGAGGAUUGAGGUCUCAAGCGAGGAAGUCACUAGUGCCGUCAGCAAGGUGCCAUUCAUCCAACGGGUUCGUUCCAACGUGGCUAAGUGGUUCGGUGGCCGGACCAAGGAGAAAGAGCCCCGGAAACGCACAAACAACUCCUCCGACACCUUAUCUUCAGCCGCCAGUGGAAGUACAUUUGGCAAAACCCCUUCUGUCAGUCGCCGAUCCAGCUUAAAGGGAGAUGAAGAUGUACGAUCAUCAAAAUACCUCGCCCAAGGGGGAGAACAUCCGCUUGCCCAGAGCGUUACAGCAAGUCCCGUGGAAGAACAAUCUUGGGGUCAUUACUUUGAUUCUGUGUUCCCCGAGCCUAAACUUGUUCUCACUCCCACGGGUCCACCAACACGACCUGGUCCUCCUCGGCGUGCAAAGUCAUCGAUGUCUACUGCGGAGUCUACUAAGACGGUUAAGCCAUCCAGCUUCGAGGCUCCAGCCUCUACGCGACCACGGACCGGAAACCCCUCAAUAAUCGAGGCAUUGGGAACCACUGGUUUUGGAAGCCUCUUCACGGGUGCUCAUCGGCGCACCUCACGUGGUGCUCACACUGGCAGUCGAAGUCGCCGUACAUCACCAUCUGCAGACUCGAUCUCUUUGGAUGGGGAUCGCCGCUCUGAGCCCAGUCUCGCCGUUAGCAAUGCUUCUGCAGUGGGUCAUCUCCGUAACACUGGACUAUGGCAUGCUCACAUUCCUUUGCCUUCGCCUUCGCGUAGUCCAGCCCUGGCUUCUGCGCAUCGGCGCAAUCGCUCCCAGCAACUUGCGGGCAAGUCUUCUGCAGAGUCAUUCCAUCUUACCAAGGAAGCGCUUUUACGCCGCAGAAGGAGUGAUAUCGCGCCUAGUGCGGAUGAUGUGUUGGCGACUCAUAUUGAAAGUGCUAUGGUCUCAACUGACUCCCUUCAUUUGCCCUCAUUGCCUCCUCGGGAUAUUGGAUGCCCUGUGGAGCCCCAGCGCAACGGUCUUACCACUUCUACCCCUUCUGCCGCUACUAUUUCCUCCUCUUCUGCCGAUGAUUUUACUAGUGGAAUGUCACAGAGUGCUUCUCAUCCUAGCAUUCCAUCUGUUGUCUCUGGUGCUUCAUCUCUUUCUGGUGAUGGCAUGUGUCCUCCGUCCAAGGAUUCCGACGACUCUUCAUCAGUACCUUCGAUUCUCCGAACCGGCGAAACAGUGAAGGCCCAUUCCCAAGCCUCUCCUCGUCCAUCUGAGGAAGAUGAGUCUCGGUAUUACUGCGACGAUGAAGAAGAUUCUGAUGAAUCCGAAGAGGAAGUUCUUAUGAUCGGAAAGAAGAAGCCAUCUACCAAAGCACCGAUUCCCACAGGCAAAAAGCCUGAAUAG